UGUCUACAUGACUCUCCGUGAUGCAGCUUUAUUUAUACAGUCAAUUAUAGUCUCUGCUCUACUGUUUCAAUGCCUUCAACAGCCUUGUUGUUGUUGCUCCUAUUUCAUGCAAGCAUGAGCUCACAUGUUGAUGUCUUGUGUUGAAUAUUCAUUGAGGAUAUUGACUUUUUCCCCAUGUCCCCCACAAAGACCCAUUAUAGCCUAUAAGUUGCAUCUCCAAGCUUUGCGUCACUGCUCCGGUGAACUCUCAGCAGUGAACUAUCUUGACUCUUGAUUCGACGCUCUGGUAGAAACCGUGGGAGCGCUCUAAUUGGCGGCGGUAAAAGAGAAAGGAAGUAUUUAGUUCACUCCGUUUUCAUUGGAAGAGAAAGUCGAAGAUAAUUUAGCGCAGUUUGUAUCCUCAAGUUAGUAGGCCAAUCUUUUUUUUUACCCAAACAGAAAAAUCAUAACUCUUUGACAAUGUCUUUUAACAAGGGUCCUGCCUACGGACUAUCAGCGGAAGUCAAAAACAAGAUCGCACAGAAGUAUGACUCUCAGAAAGAGGAGGAGCUCAGGGUCUGGAUCGAAGACGUCACUGGCGCUUCCAUCGGCCCCGACUUUCAGAAAGGCCUGAAGAAUGGAGUCAUUCUAUGCGAACUUAUCAACAGACUUGCCCCAAACUCUGUGAAAAAGAUCAACCAGUCAUCGCUGAACUGGCAUCAGCUGGAGAACCUGACUAACUUCAUCAAAGCCAUCACAGUGUAUGGCCUGAAGCCUCAUGAUAUCUUCGAAGCCAACGACCUGUUUGAGAAUGGCAACAUGACGCAGGUCCAGACGACACUGCUCGCACUCGCUGGCAUGGCCAAGACCAAAGGGUGCCAGUCACGAGUGGACAUUGGGGUGAAGUACGCUGAUAAGCAGGAGAGGAUGUUUGAUGAGGAGAAGAUGAAGGCUGGACAAUGCGUCAUUGGCCUACAGAUGGGGACCAACAAGUGUGCCAGUCAGGCAGGUAUGAAUGCAUAUGGCACCAGGAGGCACUUAUAUGACCCCAAAGUUCAAAUCCAGCCCCCCAUGGACAACACAACCAUCAGUCUGCAAAUGGGAACCAACAAGGGAGCGAGCCAGGCAGGGAUGACGGCUCCAGGGACAAGGCGUGCCAUUUAUGACCAGAAGCUGGGCACAGACAAGUGUGACAACAGCACCAUGUCCCUACAGAUGGGCUUCAGCCAGGGAGCCAACCAGAGUGGCCAGAACUUUGGCCUGGGACGGCAGAUCUAUGACGCCAAGUACUGUCCUAAAGCUGGAGAGGUCCCAGAUGAUCAAAAUGGGGCAGGCGUCGCCCGCGACUUCAUCCCGGAUUACCAAGACGAGGGUUACCAAGGUUACCAGGAGGAAGAGCAGGUGUACCAAGACGAUGGGACAGAUUACUAGAAAGUAGAAGGGAGCUGAGGAAGGGAAAGAGGUUAUAUAAAGGAGGGAUCUUCUGCAAGAAAACCUCAAGGCAGGCGGUCUAUUUUUUGAUCCAUAGGAUGUUGCACCUUUUUUGGGUCAUAUCCUUUUUUUAGUGUUGUAUGAAAUUAUUUUCUUACCCCUAUUUGUGCAAAUCCAAUGUUACACAUAUCAUGAUGAACUGUAUUUCUGUGACUUAUAUUUAAAGUGACCACAAAAGCCAUCUUUUUGGCUUAGCUAGUUUUCUUUCUGUCUAGGUUUUAUUUUAAUGUGCCAACCCCGUGUUUUUGAUGACUCAUUGGUUACAUUAAGGGAGAUCCCAACAACAUGAAACUAAUAGUGAAACAUUAUGGAGUUUAAAAAAACAAACCGUUUUUAAGAAGGUGCAUGUUUUGAAUAAAAUACCCAUGCUUGUGUUUAGCUGUAAUAGCUGUAUCAUCUGUGUAAACAACAUAAUUCCUGUGAAUGAUGUAUUUUUGUUUGGUACUACUUCAGUAUCUUCAUUCAGUAUUGGUCACUGACAUACAGUAGCAAACAACUUUGGUUGCUCAGGCAGAUGAGGAAACAUUUUAUUUUAUUUUUGUUUUAAGAACAAACUAGUCGUGUUUUUUUUUUUUUUUUUUUAUUAAACAUAUUCUGUCUCCUCUUAUUUCACUUUGUUUGUUCUUUUUUUUUUUUUUUUUUUUUUUUUUUUUUUUUUUUUUAAAUGGAGGAAAUAUUUCCUUUGUUUGCAUAACGAGUCCAACUGGAGUUAAGCUUGUUUUCUUUGGAUUAAAGACAGUGGGGGAGGAUAAAAUAAUACUCAAGUGAAGUUUUAAACAUUCCAAGCAAGAAUACUGGAUUCUUUUGUCAGUGAGUAAAUGUUUUAAGUGAAUCAUUCUUAAAUAUUGGUUGAUAUGCAAACCAAGCAUACAAUUAUAUUUGAUCAUUAUUAUUUAUGCAUAUUUGUGAUUUUUUUUUUUUUUUUGAAUGGGGGUUAUUUUGUACCUUGACUCUGAACAUCAUUUUGUAUUUGACUAUGCUCCCCCCCCCUCUCUGGAAUAAUCUUUAUGCCGAUGGGAAAAAGAUGUUUAACUUGAGGAAUAUGCUUCUGUGAAUAAGGUGUAAUAAAGAUGUGUAUUCAUUA